UCGGAUUUCCGUAUACUUUUAUAAACUCCACCCUUUCCACACCUACCAUACAAUUAUGAGGCUUUGUGUUUGCAAAUAAGUGGUAAAAAGCCUCUCUUGGAUUAUUAAAAUGGAGGAAGAAGAAAGGAAGAGCAAAGUACAAGCUGGAAAAGAUGCUUUGCUUGCUUUUCAAAAAAAGAAGAAGAGUAAAAAGAAAGUAAAUAAGUCGAAUACCACCACUGGGGAUGAGCAGUCUGUACUAAUGGACACACUGGAUGUCGACUAUGAUACGUCUCAGUCUGCCCUCAUGGAGUCCACUGAUUCUCCUCACAAUCAUGUCAAUAACACUGCCGCCAGUACUAUCCAGUCGUUGAAUCACAUCUCGAACCACACGUCUAUUGAUCAGCUAUUAGCCGAGAAGGAGUCGCUGGAGAAGGAGCUUGAGAGAUGUAGAGCAGAGAAAGAUGGAGCUCAAAUGUCUCUCAAUCAUUUUAAGACCCAGCUAGCGUCUCUUCAGAAAACCCUUCUCUCGUCUCAGGAGUCUUUGGCAGCUAAGGAGAAGGAGGCUAGUGACAUGCAGAGGCAGUUUCAGUCGGAAAUGGCGUCGGCUCUUGAAGCCAAAGAGAAGGAGCACAACGAGUUGAUGGAGAAAGAAAGAGAGAAUCAUUUGCAGCAUGUUAAUCGACUUUCAGAGCAGUUCUUAGACCAACAGGAGCAACGGCAACUAGACGAAGGAGAACUUGAGGCAACACGCAUCAAACAACUGAAGACAACACUCGAAGAAAUGCAUGAGAAGGAAAAAGAGAACAUGUUGUUAUCAGCUCAGAAAGAGAAAGAGAUGCUGAGAGAAGAGUUUGAGAGAGAGAAGGCACAGCUUGAAGCUAGCUUUGCCGAAACGACAGAGAAAAACAGGAAGCAGUUGGAGGCAGUCGCUAACGAACAAAUAAAACAAUACCACAAUCAAUAUGUAGCAGCUCAUUCUAAUCUAAGCAAAGAGAAAGAAGAAAUUGAAAAGAAGCUGAAAGAAUCACUGAAAGAGUCCAUGGAGCUGAGAGGCACCGUGUCUGCCCUAGAGAGGGAGAGAAAUGAUUCGCUUGAUCUUGAGAAAAUGCUGCAUAAUUGGAAAGAGAAAGCCUCCGGGCUGGAGUCAAGGCUUCAGCAAGAAACUGUCGAUCAUACGGAAAUGCUACUAGCCAAAGAUGACACCAUUAAACAACUAGAGAAGGAAAUCGAAAGAGAAGCCUCCUCUCAUAGCGAAGACAUCAAGAGACUGGAAAGAGAGAAAGAAGAGCUGAGGGAGAGAUUAGAAGAAUCAGUAUCUCAGCUAGAAACAAGACUGAGGGAAAGAGAGAAGUCGUUUCAAGAAGAAAAGGAAAUAAUGACCGCUAGACAUGAUGAAAUUGUCAAGCAGUUGGAGGAGGAGCACUCUACACAGAUCAGUCAGUUAGAAGUAGAGAAAUCGACUGAAGUCAGUCAACUCGAGGAAAGCAUUUCUGAGACUGCCGACAAGUCUCAGGCGAGCCUGGACUUUGCCGUGAAACACAUGAAUGAGCUUCAGACUCAGUUAAACGCCUACCGUAAUCAAGAGAUGAGUUAUAAGAGCCAACUGGAGAGGCUAGAACAAGAGAAAAAUCAAGAGAUGGAGAGACUGAGAGAAGAGCAUGCGAGGAUACUUGCUCAAUUACAAGAUGAAAGAUCUCAGAGUGAAAACGAGAGAGAUCUUAAGAUUAAUGAUCUGACGUCAUUGCUGGAUCAACUACGCACUGAGAAAGGUGAAUUGGAGGAGUCUUUGUUAUCAAUAAAAGCCAAGGCAGCCCAGGAUGAAGCAGACCACACUGCUACUAUUGCUAAACUUAGACAAUCACAUAACGAAGAGAUUGCUGAUGCUAAGAAUACUCUGAUUGCAAACCACGACGAAGAACUAGAGAGAGUAAGAAGGACUCUACAGAUAGAGAAAGAGACCGAAUUGGAGGAAUUGAAAGAGAAGAACAAAAGGGACCUUGAAGCACUCAAGAGCAGUCUCUCUUCAACGAGCCAGGAAGAGCUGGCCACAACAAAGAUGAAGGUAAUGGAACUGGAGACGAAAUGCCAGCAGUUAGAAAGAGAAUAUCAGGACAGCAGAGUCCUUCAAGAGAAGCUCCACAACACCGAGAAGGAUUUGAAGUCGUCUCGUGUUUCGCUAAGCUUGCUCGAGAGCGAGUUAAGAGAAAAGGAAACAACACGGGAAUCAGAAAUCAAUUCGUUAAAGGUGAACGCCGCUCAGCUUGAGGUAGAGAUCAACGAACUGAAAUCGACAAAUGAGAAAUUAAAGGAAAAUUACGACGGCAUCGUUCAAGAGAAAGAAGACGAGAUUGCUACUCAGACGUGCCGAGUGAGCUCUCUACAGCUGAAACUCAAUGAGCUGACCCAAGAGCUCGAAGGAGAGAGAAACGCCCAUGCAAAUAAUGAAUCCGACAAAUUAGUGAAAGUACAUGCCCAGUUAGCAGAGGCUAAGGAAAGGUGCGAUUUGCUGAAAGAGGAGUGGUCAGCAGAAGAAGCAACGCUUCAGGCAAAGCUACAAGACAAGGAGAAAGCUCUGACAAACGAAAGGGAAACUUGGGAAGAGAAAGAGAAAGUGCACAAGAAGAAAGCAAACAAACUCAAGAAAGACCUGGAGACCAAGAGCAGUCAGCUACAAGAGAUGGAGACACUCAUUGAAGAAUUGAAGACAAGCCUCACUGCAGCUAACAAGCAAAUUGAAUCCGCACAAGAUAAGAUACGAGAGCUAACAGCAGCUAAUGGAGUACUGGAUCAGACUAACAGUACUUUAGAGCUAAGGAUAAGAGAGUACCAGGACCAGUUGGAUAACCUUAGGACACAAUUACAAGAGAAAUUGCCUCUUGUUGAAGAUCAAAGUCUAUUGAUAUCCGACCUACAAGAGAAGCUAAAGCUACGCGAAGAAGCAAAUGCCGAAAUAAAGAGAGAGUAUCAAGAACGACUGAAUGAGGCUGAAACAAAGCAGCUCUCACUCCAAAGGAAGAUACAAGCAAUGCAGAGGAUUGAGAAUAGAUUAAACACACUCUCAAGCGAAAGAGGAGGGCUGGAGAAAUCCUUGGCUAAAUCAAGACAGUCCUUAAUACAAAAGCUACGGGAGAAGGAAAUAAUAGAGAAAGACCUUACUUACCAUAGAACGGAGCUUGAGAGACGUCUAUUGGAGAAGCAGAGAGUGGAGGAGCUCCUUUACGAAAAGAAUAAGUACGAGAAGGAGCUGUUGGAGCAGAGGGAACGACUGAGCUGUGAUCUUGAUAAAAUAGAGAAGAAAUUUAAGAGGAGAGAGGGAGCCAUGUGUAGUUUUAAUUCCGAAGAGCCAAACACUUCAACUGGUACUUAUAACAGCGAGAACUACUAUGGUGCAAAAAUACUAGCAGCCUCAGGUGUAAAAAGUGCUUCUCAAUUAGCACCUAGAAUGAAAUUAGACUGCAACUCUAGAGACGAGGUGAGACAUUUAAAUCUUUUCAACCUGCUGCUGAUUGUUGUUUCAUUCUCUAGAGGAACCGCUACUGGUAUGAACAGUGAGGAAAAGCGAAAAGAUGGCGACGAGGACGUUGCCUUUGAAGUAGAAAGAAAAUGGCGGGGAAAAGAAACCAAUGGCGGACUCGAGGAAGCUCUGGAAAGCCAAGAAAGAGAUAUAGAAGAGCUUAAGAGAAGAUUAAUAGCUCAGAAACUCGUCCACACCGUUCAACUAAGAGCUAUAGAAGAAUUGAAAGAAGACCGUGCUUUGAUGGAAGCCGUACAACCAGAAGAUGACGAGGGUAACCUUUACGAGGAGUUGGUAGCUUUAAAGGAUGCGUUUAAAGUCAAUUAUAAUAAACUGCUCGAGAUAGAAAAGGUUCAAGAUGAACGUGAAGAUGAGUAUGACAAGUGUAUUCAUAGACUAAAGGUGGAGCUGGAAGAGAAGGAGGAGGAGCAUGCAAAAGAUAAACAACUGUUACUGGACGAAUUAGAGGAAUUUAAAGACAAUAUGGCCACACUGAGGAAAGAAAAGGAAGGCUUGGCCAGGAAAAGCAAGGAAGAGAGGGAAAGAUUAAAGAAAGAAUACCUAACUAAUAUACAGAAGCUAAAAGAUGAGAUAAGGGAAUCAAAUUUAGCCUCUGAGCAGCGUCACAUUGAAGACACCAACACAUUACAAGCACUGCACACUCACUUGCAUGAUGUACAACAAGAAAGGGAUAAGUUGCAAGGAGCUUUGCUAACAUUGCAUCAAACAGUUUCAUCACUUCUUCCUCUAAAUAUUAAUCAUAGCACCUUGACCCCGCCCGCCACUGAAUGGACAUCACCUGCUCACUUGUCUGAUGGCAUGACCACACCUAACAACCACACCCACAAAACAAUUACUGCCAGUACUGGAGACAGUGGUCUUGAAGAUUCUCAUCCAAAGAAUGGCACUACUGCUACUGUCAAAGAUGGAGUCAUGCCUGUCAAUUACGCCCACGCUAAUAAUGAAGAUGAUGAUGAUGAUAAUCUAACAAUUUUAUCUAUUAACUCGAGUUCUGAUGUACCCGCCAUUUGGGAUCUUGAAAGUGCCUCGCCUAACUUACACUCAAUACAAGAUAUAAUACCUCAUUUGUAUCAGUCUGUGUCUCAUCUUGUUAAUAGCUUCCUCUCAUCAUCAACACAGGCAAUACAGUAUCAAAAUGAGUUGAUGCAGGCACAAGAAGAGCUAAGUAAAUCUGAAACUAAUCUUAACGUUCAGUUAAAUACAAUCACAGAAUUAGAAGAACAGAUAAGGAAUUUAGAGGCUCAGCUGACUAGUAAAGUGAUAACAGAAGAGGAUUUGAAAUCAGCUCAAGAGAAGAUAUCAUCACUUAUAAAAGAAAUUGAGCUAACACGCAAGCAGAAUGAAGAGAAUGCAAAGAAAGAAAAAGAAGAGGAAAAGGCUAGAUUGAUAGAGAAAGAGAGAAAUACAUUAAAUAACCAGGUAAAACUGCUACAGAAAGAGUUACUCCUGUUACAAAAGGAGAGAGGGGCACAGAGAGAUGUCAUCAAAUCGCUACAAGAAAAAUUAGAAUCGUUUGAAAGCAACUCCAGAAAAGAGAUUGAGAGACUGAGAUCCUCAGAGGCUAAACUCACAAAAGAGUUGAGGGAGAGAGCCACUCGCAUACAUGAACUUGAGUGUCUACCAGAACAACUUGUAUCCCAGCAGCAAAAGAAUGAAGAGCUUCAAGAGACUAAUGACCACCUAAAUAAAGAAUUAACUAAAGCACAGCACGCCAUUGCUACAAUGCAAUCAGCCGAACACCUCCAGUCACAAUUAGAAGCGAAUCGUUUUCAACUUUUAAAAGAGAAGGAGAAAUAUGAGGAGCUGAAGAAGACUUGUGAGGAAAAUGAAGCAGCACUGAGAGAAGUAACAGCGGAACUGGAAAGAGGCGAAGAGUCGAGAGAAAAGGCUAAAAAAGAGCUUUUGGAAGCGAACGCAGAAUUAGAGGUAAAAGAAGAAGAACUGGAGAAGUUAUUAGCCAUUAGGAAUGAAGCACAGGAGCAAUGCGACCAUUUGAAUACCCAAAUACAAACUCUCAACAGUCAAGUGGAGUCUCUCUCGGUUGGUCUCAAGUCCUCUAACGAACAGGUAUCCAAACUGUGCCAGAAUAUGGAGGAGAAGGAGAGAGAUAUUACACCUGUGCUAGAGAAAGAUGCCAAUGAAACUGAGCUACUUUCCUCACACGAGAGAAUAUCUGUACUGGAGAAACAGCUUUCUGAACAAGCAGCCCAGCUAGGACAAGCACUGGCCGAAAGAGAGAAAGAGUUUAAAGAAUCACUAGCAAAGGAGACACAAAAAGGAAAGAAGAAGCACGACCAAUUGACAAAGAAAUAUAAUAAGCUUCUUAAAACACAGCAAAGUCUUAAAGAAUCUUCUGUCAAUAGAGAGAGAGAACUCAGUGAGGCUUACCAGCUACUUCAAGACCAGCUAAGAGAAGCAACUUCAGACGCAAUAAAGAGCAACAGGGAGCUAGAGGACAAUAAAGCACUUGCUCAGAAGCUGUUGGAGCAAUUGGAAGCAAUGAAAGGACUGAAGAGCAAUUCAGACAUAACUUACAAGCAGCAGCUAGACGCACUGAGACAAGCAUUGGAGGAGAAAGAGAACCAGCUCUCAGAAAUAACUAACGAUUUCUUAGAAGAGAAGCUUCGGGUGGCUCAAAUGAGAGGAGAGAAUAGCUCUUUACUGUCAAGGAUUAACUCACCGGAGAAAACUAAUCCUUUUUCAAUAAAUAGACAGAAAUCUGACGAUAUUUUAGAACAAGAGAAAACGUCUUUACGAUCAGCACUUCAAUCCAGUCAAGCAGAGAUUCACAGAUUGUCUGGUUUACUCACUAGACGUGAAAACCGUGUCAAAUCAUUGAUAUUUCAAAAGCGCUACUUAAUCAAUGAGCUUGAUGCAUAUUUUCACACAAGUCAAGCAGCUCUGCUCAUGAUACAGGAUAUGGGUGGAGUCCCGUGGGAGCCGCCUCAUUUGCGUCACAGGAAGAAAAAGGAUGGAAAGACUUUCAAGAGAUUUGGUGUCCUUGUGUGCUGUGUAGUUAGACUGAGAAGACUGGGAAAGAGAAGACAUUCUCACAGAAUUAAUGGAUAUAUUCCUGUAGCUAGUCAAAUCAAACCCUCUAAAUAA